AUAAACCCAAGUUAUUAUACAAAUUGCUCUCUAUUAAAACAAUUGCUCUCUGGAUGGUAUGUUACAAAAUCACCUGAUCAAAUUAUCAAUUUGGAAGAUGAAGAUGUCGAAGUAAAUGAAACCUUGGAAAAAUGUGAAGAUUUGAGAAAAAAUAACCUUGACUUAGAUCUAUAUCAGGCUUAUUGUGAAGAAUUUAAAAUGUUUGCUACACUAAAUACGUACAAAGUUUCGUUUUUUGACUAUAUCAGUUAUGUUGUAGUGGAAGACAAUGAUAAUUCUUCAGCAGAAUGCAAUACCACCAGUUGUCAUGUUAAAGUUCAAGUUGGGGAUAUAGUAGAGUUAAGAGAGAUUAGUGAUACUGACGAUAACUCAUUUAUUUUAUUUGCAUUGGUCAAAGACAAUGAUUUAUUAUGUGCCCUGAAUUAUAUUUAA